AGACAAAAAUAUAUUAUUAUUAUUACUUUGCUAGGCCGAACCUUUUCCAGAGCUAAUAAUUAACUAGAUUCGUUUCGAACAAAGCAAUCCACAACUAGGAGCCAUCAAUUUAUAUGGCGGCUAAGAAUUCAAAAGAAUGGAAUGGAAGCAUAAGUUCAUACGGACCAAAUCAACACAAAAUUGAAGCACGUUAUGUAUGAGUGUAACAAGAAAAUGAGAAUGGGAUGAUGGGAAUUUACAGUAUUUGUCCUGGAAUUUGUGAAAUUCAAAUGGCAACACACAGGGUCUGCAUCUUUAAGUUUCCUGAUUCUUCAACACAGCGAACAAAAUAUAUGUCGCGAUGAGCUUACACAGCAUCUUGGAGUGUUGGCACUUGGCACCCAUACUUCAGCCAAAAUUUGCUACUACCUGUCAGCUAUAUUUUGCUAUUACCUGCCUGGCAGUGUCCAGGCCAAUGUUAGUCAAUACUCAGAGCGGUAAUAUAAGUGGCUAAAAGAGCAAAAGUGCCAUAAUAAUAGAGGCAGUGUGGGCAGUAAAUUGCAUCCAAAGCAGACCUGAUAAUUGAGCCCCAUUUGCACGCAGGCUUGAAAGGUACAUCAUACUCCUGUUCACAAGGGGUAGCAUUGCUCCAUCUUUCCGUGCUCCUAACAUUUUUUGGCUGCAACUUUCCACACAAGACAAGUACACAAUAUCAUGAGACAAUCCUAAAAUCAAAGACACAUUUCUCA